AUGGAGAACCCCAAACAAAAGUUUGUGUAUGGUACCUGCAUGAGAAAUCACGCAGCAAAGCUUGGUGGCUUUGCCACCGAUGGCUGCAUAGAAUUCGUCCCGACUGAUGAUGGCCCUCACUGUGUCGCAUGUAGGUGCCACCUGAGCUUCCACAAGAAGAUGGCUGUGGUGGGCAAUACUGGUGGUGGUGGUGGCAUGGGAGAGGGUAGCAAUAGCAUUGUGAAGGUUAACGCUGAUGUGGUGGAAGUGAGUGACGACGAGGCGGAGAAGGAGGAGGAGAAGAAGUUGCAAGCACUCCUCCAGAUCUCCUAA